AUGGAGAAAUGGACAAAAACCGAACAAGACUUAGAUAUACCUGAUUUUCCACCAUUUGAUGACAUCAACUCUACAGACUGGGAGUUCUACAAUGAAGGAGUUCAAUAUAACGCUGGUACAAAUGGUCGUCAUGACAACACUACUAAAGUUCUCAUAGAAGAAUUAGGACCAGACUGGUCAAAGAAAUUAAAAGAAUUUGAUCCUCACCCUUUGGCUGCAGCGUCCAUAGGUCAAGUUCAUCGAGCUUGCCUUCAUGAUGGAACUGAAAUAGCUAUGAAAAUUCAAUUCACACUUAGUAAAGCGGGUUUACAACAGAUUCCAAUGUAUCCGAAGACAUUGGUUUAUCCAUAUGGUGAGAAUGACAGCACAGAAUUCCAAUUGGAGAUGAUCCGAGCCAGACAAGAGAAAUACCAGUGUCAGCCGCCACAAGAGGAGGACAAUACUUGUGAUAUGGACAUGACAGAAGCAUGUCCUGUUAAUAUUACACUCAAUGUACCUGUAGUACCUUCAGUAGAAAAAGGAAAGAAGGUUCUCCAAUUGAUGCAAAAGCCUGACUUAAAAGGGGGACAAUUGUUAGAUGACAGAGGAGGGCGUGGUCGUUGUCCGCAGGUAAAAUUAGACUGUGAAGACAAGAUUCUAUUGACACAGGAACAGCAGGUUUUUGAAGCGCAGUUUAGUAAUCGCUAUGGUGUGAUGAUGAGAGUCACAACCACACCCGUUCAUCGUAGCCCCUCCUCUUGUCCCAGAAUGACAAUUGGUCACACAAUCCCUUUAUCUGGUUCAACAUACACUAUAACCACCAAGAUAGCAAAAGGAGGGUUUGCUACAGUUUAUACAGUCACUGGUAUAGAUGAAGAAAAGAAAGCAUUAAAGGCACAGAGUACUGACUCACCAGGUAGCUAUCCUGGCUGUGACGACUCCUGGAAUAUUGAUAAAUUUAAGGAGAAAUUCCAUGUUGACAUUGUUAGUCUUAGUUAUGCUACAGCUGAAUUUGAUAUGGUCAGAUUAGAUGCUGCUAUUGCUAAUGCUAUUCGUCGUGUUCUCAUUGCUGAGGUUCCUACGAUGGCAAUUGAGAAAGUACAUAUUCAUAAUAAUACAUCCAUUAUCCAGGAUGAGGUUUUAGCCCAUCGGAUGGGACUCAUUCCAAUAUUUGCAGAUCCUCGUAAAUUCUCUUUUCUUCCUCCUCAGGAAGAAGGAACACCAUUUCCAGAGCCUUCAUCUCAACAUAUGCUUGAGUUUAAGUUGAAAGUAAAAUGUACUCGUAAUCCUAAAGCACCUCAAGAUUCAGAAGACCCCAAUGAACUCUACCAGUGUCAUAGAGUUACUACAGAUGACAUGAAAUGGGUUCCAAUAGAUGAACAAGAUAAAAUGUUUUCAGUACAUGAUAUUCGUCCUGUUGAGAAUGAUAUCUUAAUUGCUAAGCUCCGCCCAGGACAAGAAAUAGAUCUUAGAUUAAUUUGUGUUAAAGGCAUUGGUAAAGAUCAUACCAAAUUUUCACCAGUUGCUACUGCUUCAUAUCGACUGUUGCCGGAAAUAACUUUAACUAAACCAGUAGUUGGACCACUGGCUGACAAAUUGGCAAUGUGUUUUCCUAAAGGUGUCAUAAAAGUACAAGAUGUUGCUGGUAAGUCAAAAAGGGCAUUUGUAUCUAAUCCUCGUAAAGAUUCUUGCAGUAGAGAAGUUUUAAGACAUGAGGACUUGAAGGAAUGCGUAGAGUUAUCUCGUGUUAGGGAUCACUUUAUAUGUAAGUGCAGUGUCUUGUAA